AUAGUGAUGGAUUGAGGUUAGGUUUGGAUUAGAAUGCAUCAAAAAUUUGAAAUCAUAUGAUAUAAAUGAUAACACAUAGCACAACACAGUAACCUACAAAGUUAUGGUGGUUAUUUGAUGAGUAAUGUUUAAUAAAUAUUGGAAUACAAUAGAAAUUAGAUCGAAAUAACGUGAUUGAUAAGUGUUUUUUCGAGUUGAGGUUUUUCACUUCAUCCUAAUAACUCAAUUUCUUACAAUUUAUUAAACAACUAUGGAAGGUGGAUCAAGUAUACAAGAUGCUGAUACCACAAUUUCAGGAGAAGAUGAAAGACCCAAGGGGUUUUUCAAUUUUUUUUGCCAUCCUCUGGGCACAGGACAUAGAUUUGUAGCCUUGAUUUUUAUGUGUUUUCUCAGCUUUGGUUCCUAUUUUUGUUAUGACAAUCCAGCCGCAUUGCAAGAUUACCUUAAAAAAGAUCUCAAUCUCACCGAGACUCAAUAUACUGCAUUAUAUUCAGUAUAUUCCUGGCCUAAUGUGGUUCUUAAUGUUGUGGGAGGUUUUUUAAUUGACAGCAUAGGCGGUGAAUCCCUGACAGUUGCCCAAAAUAAUUAUGCAGUACUCUGGUUCAGAGGUAAGGAACUCAACAUGGUCUUCGGACUGCAACUUAGUUUCGCAAGGGUUGGUAGCACAGUCAACUUUUUGGUUAUGGAAUCCCUUUAUAACUAUGUGCUUGACAAAAAUAGUAAUGGACAGCAAGUUCUUGGAAUCGUCCUAUUCAUCUCUUGUACAACGUGUUUAUUCUCCUGGUUUUGCUCUAUUAUUAUGGGAAUAUUUGACAAAAGAGUAGAAAAAGUUACAAGGAGGAACGAAACUGUGUCAGGAGAAGUUGUAAAGAUAACAGAUGUCAAAGAUUUUAAAGCAAGUUUCUGGCUAGUUUGCGUCAUUUGUGUCUUGUUUUAUUGCGCAAUUUUUCCUUUCAUCACAAUCGCUAAGGAAUUUUUCAAGGACAAAUUUAAUUUCUCCCAACAAGGUGCCAAUACUUUAAGUAGUAUUAUUUACAUCAUAUCGGGUGUCUCGUCUCCAAUACUGGGUCUUAUAAUAGACAAAAUUGGAAUGAACAUCACUUGGAUUUUUGUAGGUAUUUCUGUCACCAUGGGAGCACAUGCUUUAUUAGCCUUUACAGUUCUUACCCCAUAUAUCGGAAUAGUAAUCAUGGGUAUGUCCUAUUCAAUUUUAGCAAGCAGUUUAUGGCCUUUGGUGUCCAUGAUCAUACCGGAAUAUCAGCUAGGUACAGCCUAUGGAGUUGCCGGAUCAUUUCAGAAUUUGGGAUUGGCGCUAUUCUCAAUCUUUACAGGACUUAUAGUGGACAAUUUGGGAUAUGAAGCAAUAGAAAUAUUUUUCAUUUGCAGUUUGGCCGGUGCCUUAAUAUCUACUGGAAUAUUGUGGAAGUUGGAUAAAUCUAGAAAAGAAGGAUUGAACAUGACUCCUGGCAAUAGAAUAAGACAUCUACAGACAAUUAGCGAAAAUGAAUCCAAGAAAGGGUCUCUUAGGAAAUUUUCUAAUGUUAUUAUUUAAAACCAUUACAUUACCCAUUACAAAUGUUGAUAUCAUUUUAAACAGAUCUCAACCAAACAACA